GACUAUUCCAGGCAAAAGCACCAGCACUUAUACACCACUACCCCGACUGCUGUAGUCCCCGCCAUUCGCAGUACCAUAAUUUUUACCAUAAUUUUGUUACGACUUGCAACUUCGCCGCCAGCCAUUGUUAUUCUCCACUCACAUGUCUGCGGGACGCUAAUACUUAAUACCACCACCACCACAACACCUUCGUUUGGCGUGUUCUCGUCGAUUCUGCGGCCACAUACCCCCCUUUGCUCUCCACGAAAAGUCGUUGCAGCGCUGCGUUUUCAGCAUGGUUUUCUGCACCUAUUGUGGGCAGUCCUUCACCCGGGACGAGCAUCUUGAAAGACACAUUCUCACCCACACCAAUGUCAAGCCCUUCAAGUGUUUCACUUGUCACAUGAGCUUUGCUCGACGCGAUCUCCUACAGAGACAUUACACAGUGCACGGUCGAGACGCGAACAAUCAGGAAGGCCUUCCUCCCAACGCCGGUAUCAUCCCCAAGUCUGCAGGUCGAACACCCAUUGCAUGCAGCAAUUGCGCGAAGACAAAGACAAAGUGCGAUAAGAAGUUCCCAUGCAGUCGUUGCGCACAGCGGAAUCUGAAGUGCACUCUGCGUCCCACACGACGAGCGUCCAAGAAUGUGAACAGGGUCAUGGCAACGGGCGAAGCUGCUACCAGCACUGGUUCGAGCGAAUCAACUAGCACCAACGACUCCCAAGAUAACUCUGGCGGCAAUUCUCCGGUGCGAGACGGCCAGAUCCCUGCGCAAUCACAACCACAGGCAAUGGUCUCGCAAGGCGUGUCGUCUCAACAAAUACCGAAUGCACAAACGCAGCCGCGGCAGUCACCACAGCCCACAUCAGUCGUACACUCAGUAGUUCACUCGCGAAAUCCAUCUUUUUCUCAGCCUGUGCAGCAGAUGCACAAUCCUCCGCCAGAGGACAAGCCACUACACAUACCAAUCGCCACGACCACACCACCCUUCUUCGAGCAGUCCCCGCCACAUGGGCUUCCAUCCACUAUGCCGUCGGUUCUGUCUCCGCUGCCCACACCUAUCAAUGGUUUCAUCUCCCAGACACCAAUGUCCGGAUACGAAGACUUCGUAGGGACAGUACAGAACCACUCGGACGAACCCAGUCCACGGUUCAUGAUGGAUCCAUGGAAUACCAUGUCUAUGGGUCAGGACUUCGACCCCAUGAGAAUCGACCCAUCAUUGAUGAUGUCAAUGAACAUGGACAUGAGUAUGGGUCCUCCAACCGAUGGCAUCCUCGGCAUGAUUCCCGAGAUGUCGCCUUCACAAACGUAUGGGCCGGUACAGACUCCCAUUCAGACGCCGAGGAUGGACGAGUCAUUUUCUGACCUGCAGAUUGGCAGCUCCGCCUCUAUGUUUUAUCCAUCGAACAGACAGAUCUCAAUCGCUGACGCUGGUGUUCCUGACCUAGGGGCCAUCAUUGCGGCCCAUGAUGGGUGGUCAGUGUUUCGCUGCACACCCACGAUCCCAUCGAGCUCUUGUCCUCGUACUGCCAGACUCAACUUAGAGCGUCUCGAGCAAAGUCUUAAGAACCACGAAGGGUGGAGCAACUGGCGACCUUCUUGGGAGGAGACUGACUUCCAUCAAAGCGGGCGAGUGGAAGUUGCAAAGAUUUACGAGUCUACGCGAGACAAGCUGCUUGCUAUCACGCAGAGCUUUCUGCACAAGGCGCUCGAUAUCCACAAAGACGGUAUGUCUAGCUCCAGCAGCGACUCGCCGGGCUCAACGACGUCCAACUUCGUACUGCUACCACCUGCUCCUGUCCUCGAUCUGUUCCUUCGCUCUUAUGCCAACUCUUUCGAGCGCUUUUAUCCAACCACUUCGCGCGGAAUGUUAGAUGCCAACGAGCUUAUGCAGAACUACAACGACAAAGCUUCAAGCCUUCUCAUCUUGAUGAUGAUCGCGCAAGGCGGGAUCAACAUUCCUUCGAUGGAGGCGCGGUGGUUGGCCGGCGGCCUAACAGAGGCUUGCCGCAUCUCACUUUUCGAUCUUGUCGAGAAGAACAUAAUCAUGGCCGGCGACCCAAUCGUACUACGCGCAGCUCUUCUGUUCACAGUACAAGCGGCGUGGAGCGGGGACAAGUGGCAAAUGGACAUCGCCAUGGGCCAGCGCGGGAUGUACUUCGCGAUGCUGCGGCAUUCGGGCAUUCUCGAGCCUCAGCGAGUCUCGACUCCGCACAUGAACGUAAAAAGGACGGAAACUUUGUGGCGGGAUUGGAUCCAGCAGGAAGGCCGAAGCCGGCUCAUCUACUCGUGGGUGAUGGUCGACCAGGACUUGUCACUAUUCCAUGAUACAGCUCCUCUGUUCUCCGUGACCGAAUUUGGAGCGCCGAUGCCAGACGCUGAUGGGCUUUGGCAAGCAGCCGACGCUUCUGAAUGGUGUGACAUGUUCAGCAAGGUGCAUGAGUUCUCGAACGGUUAUUCAUCGGUAGGAUCGGGUGCUCGGCCGCUGAGUCUCAGGGACCUGUUUCGCCAUUUCCUUGACGACGAGAUCGUUGCCCAGAACAUCCAGCUUACUGCGUUGCAUCUCCGGCUGCUUCUGCAUCCGCUGCAGACUCUGGUUUGCCAGUACUGCCAAUUGCUGAGCUGCUUCUCGGAUAGCAUGGCUUCAAGGCAGCGGUCAAGAGCUGUGACCGCAGCGUCAACUCGCGUGCGACUUGAAGAGGUGCAGUCCCUACUGCAAAGAUGGUUCGAGCUGGCCGAGCGCUACAUGGCGAUGAACCCGAUGUGCCCUAUGAUGCAGGCCAAUCUUGUCAUGUUCCACCUUGUCAGCAUGAACGCUGUCACCAACUUUCCAGAGAUCGAGAAGCUCGCUCGAAGGGAGGGUGUCGAUACGUAUCAGCAGAUGCUCUGGAUCCACAAGAACUGCAUCUCGGAUGUGCAUGAGGCCAUCUUCCACUCUGGACAGAUCAUGCGCAUCAUCCGAGAGAUGCCUAAGGGUAUUCGACCUCCGUGGUGGCCUGGUGCAAUCUAUCGCGCCGGGCUGGUGCUCUGGACAGAUGCUCUGACUCACAACGAGUCCACAAGCCCGCAGCAGGGGCAGUACACUCCACCAGGCACUUCGGUGCCGGUUGAUCGUCUGCAGGCGAAUGACCCUGCCAUUGUCCGGUACGUCACGCGAAGAGAGGGUACACCUACCCUCACUAAGCGAGAUGGUACGUCGGUCGGCAUCGACAACGGCUUCAGAGUGCUUUCGCAUUGCGUCGAUGUCAUUGAUGAGGGCAUCGCAACGAGGUUCUCCGAUGGCAUUCGUGGGAAGCUCGAAAAACUAGCCAGAGGCUAAACAGCAUGUGUCUCGUCUUUUUCUCUUUUAUUGAUAGAUUUUUCGUUUCCACAUUCGAUCCGGAAGUGCUCUUGGAUCUAUGGGCAGCAUUCGACAUUGGGUCGGCCGGAGUUUUAUUGGCGUUCAGCGAGGGGAUGGUGUUGUUUUGGUGAUGCCGCACAUAUUGACUUCGGAGGGUAGGCCGCAUCAUGUCCAUGCGACCCGGUGGGAGUGCCCUUCGGUAAUGUAUAGUCCAACAUGUUAAUAAC